GAAAUGCUGUUUUUUUGUAGAAAACCCUCAUAUUUUAGCCAUAUAAAAGACCUUAUAAACCUUUUACCAUUGGAUAUAUAUAGAUCGAUAUAUACUCCUGUAUUCCCAAGUGUUAUAUAAUUCUGAUUGUAUUUAUUUGUCAAGAUAAUUUGGGAUUUAAUAUGUGACAUAUUUGGCCUUUCAGAUGUAUUCGGCAAGUGCGAAAAUCUUAAAGCCUUCGGGCGUAAAGCCAGAUGAUUUUGAAUCAAGCAUCUCUCAAGCUUUGUUGGAACUCGAGAUGAAUAGUGACCUCAAAGCUCAACUCCGUGAAUUGUACAUCAUCGGAGCCAAGGUAAUUUUCUUUAUCUACACAAGGCCAAGAAACUGCGAACAGCCGUUAAUUCUUAGUAGUUUACUCUUGAAUUAGAUAAACGCAGUAUUAGUGCUACAUACUCAUAACAAAAUAUUCUGUAAUUAAAUGUCUGAGUAAUAAGUGCUUUGGCGGACAAAAGACUAACAUGUUAAUAGAGUUCAAUCGAACAAUCCUUUCUUCUAGAUAUCUAAAAAUUCGUCUAACAUUUAAGUUUUGACCAUAUGAAAUUUACCCUUCAGGAAAUUGACGCUGGAAGUAAGAAGGCGAUCGUAAUCAGCGUACCUGUUCCUCAGCUAAGAUCCUAUCAAAAAAUUCAGAGUCGUCUUGUGCGUGAACUCGAGAAGAAGUUUAGUGGAAAACACGUCGUUAUUGUAGCAAAUAGGCGUAUUCUUCCUAAACCAUCAAGGAAAAUGAGGAAUAAAAUGAAGCAAAAGAGACCACGUAGCAGAACGUUGAUGGCGGUACAUGAUGCCAUUUUGGAAGAUAUUUGCUUUCCUGGCGAAAUUAUCGGCAAGAGAAUCCGCGUCAAGUUGGAUGGUUCGAAGUUAAUAAAAGUACAUUUGGAUAAGAACCAACAAACCAAUGUUGAACACAAGGUGGAUACUUUCCAACACGUCUACAAGAAACUAACUGGAAAAGAUGUUGUGUUCGAAUUUCCGGAGAAUGUUCUUUAAAGACCGAUAAAGAAAUAGAAUAAAAUACUUUAUAUGACGUGAAUUAUUUUAUUUAGUCAGAUCUAGCAUUCACAGUAAAAACAUUUGUAGAGGAAAUUGACUAUUGAGUGGUGGCGUUUGCCUGAGCUUCUUUUAUUAGCCAGGCAGUCUCCAUGAAUUUUGUCAUUUCUGACAUCUUUGUAGGAUGAUGGAGUCGUUUGUCUGUCACAUCUUUGUCAAUCAACGGUUGAGUAAUCCACCCGUAUUCUUGAUUUGUAGUUUGAGGAUUUAGAUACUUUCUUGUAGGUUCUUGUUGAGCUCGCUUCAUAAUACUGACAAAAUGCUCAUCUUCUUCUCCAUCAACGUCAUGUAAUGAAUUAGGCUUUGGCGCAAUAGUAUGAACUGUAAAUAAUAUGUUAACUCUCGAAGUUUAGGCGUUAAUCGCUUACUUUUAUGAAAAGGAUUUACGCUGUAAUUAGUAUACAGCUUCUGAGUUCUUGUCUCCUUCCUGAUUGUCUCGACAAGGAUGGCAUUUUGAUGUACUGGAUUUUUAGGUACUCUUUCAGGUUUUUGAGUCAUGGCAAGUAUUUACUCGAAGUCUGCUUCUUCGUUUGAUCACGUGUUAGACGGUUGCUAAACAAAACGCUUUCUUCGUACAAAGAUAAAUAAAUAUCUCUUUAUAAUUACGUCUAAGUAUAAGAAAAUAUCUUAAAUUGGUUGGUACCU